GAAGCCACGAAACUCCAGGCGCAGCGGCGGCCGUGGACGCGCCGAGGAGCCGGAGGCUCUGCGGUGCGUCGCGACCCGGCGAGUCGCGGCGAGGCCCAGGAGAGCGCGCUCGCGGGGUGCAGCGUCCGACGUUGGUGGGGUGGGGACGCCGGCCGGCUGGGGAGAGGAGCGGCGGGAGUCCGCGUGCGAGGGCACCACAUCGCCAGGGCGUGAGCGACCCCUCGACGGCGGCCUGGGAUGGGCCAAUCGGGCAAGGAGCAGUGUUGUUCUUCGCUAACAAAGCAUGAAGAUAGGCUCAGCAUGCUGACUGAUGACAUAUUAUUAUCUAUCUUGGGGAGAGUUGACACAGCCACGGCAACACGGACUAGCGUGUUGUCAAAGCGGUGGAGAGAUUUGCCAUGGUUGCUUCCUGUCCUCAACCUUCGUGUCUGGAAUUUUCUGCCGCAUCCAUGCCCGGAACCCAUUGGAGCACAUCACAUGGAUCAAGCAAUGUCACGUCUAACCAAAGCAACUAGGAGUUUCUUGGCUGAUCCAAACAGCAAAUCCACCAUCAUCAAAAGGCUAAGCCUUCAGCUCUAUGUGACCGGCGAUUACACUCGUGAGAUUGGCCCACUGGCUCGCGAUGCGAUUGAUUGCGGGGUAGUAAAAAAACUGUGCCUUGCAAUUGUUGAUGAGAAGGAUCCUAGAGACUGUGAACAUGAGUAUAUGCUACAGCAAGCCCUGGCCGUCGAUGGGUUUUUUACAGCCUAUCCUAGUGUGUUUCAGUGCCUCACAAAGCUCUGUCUGUAUAAUGUGCGGUUUGCUGAGUGGGAUAUGCAACACCUCCUGUUUGACUCCUGCAAGCAACUCAACCAAUUAUCUCUGUCCCACUGUGAUGUUGGGGACUCUUCAGUAUGGCAGAUAAAUGCACCAGAUUCCAAACUCAGAAUCCUUGAGGUCCGCAUGUCCUGCUUGAAGAGAAUUGAGGUGCUCUGCCCACCAAAACUGAAGCAUCUAUGUUGGGACGAGUGGUUUUGUUUUGAGGCCCCCUUGCGUUUUGGUUCUGUUCCAUCCCUCAAGGGGCUGGGCCUUAUUUGUGGUGCGACCAUUGAUCAUCAGGAGUUUAGUCUAAGCCAGGUUCUACAUGGUACCAGAAACAUCCAUGCUCUUACUUUGGAUUUCGAAGGAGAAAGGCUUUGGAUACAACCCGAAGGAAAGCAACUCUGCCAUGCAUUCAAACAGCUAAGGAAGCUGUCUAUUUGUGGCAUCUUUGUCGAUUUUGACCUGUUAUGGACAAUAAAUCUCCUUGAAGCUGCUCCAUCCGUUGAGAUAUUUUCUGUGCGGAUAUGGGACCAUGCUUGCCAGGAUGAUGAGCAGUUAAGAACAAGAACAGGUUACGAGGCUCAAAGAACGAAACCGUCAUGGAGCAUGCCCAAGUUCACAAGCUCUGAAACUUGGCAACUGAGAGAGCUUGAAAUUGUUGGCUUUAGGCCCCAAGAGCUACAAAUUUCAUUUUUAAGGUCCGUCAUGGAGCGAGCUUCAAACUUGAAGAUGGUUCUUCUCAAAGAAGAUAAAGAACCAUGCGACGCUUGCGAUUCAAUGAACACUCCAAGAGGAGGUUUCUGUCCGGCGAACAAAGGUGAGCAGGAAGCAAUCGUCAAGCAGCUUACAGAUGGGGUCGGGUCCUCUGCGCGGAUAAUUUUUCCAAACAGUGGUGGUAGUUGAAUGCGAGCUGUGGUUGUUGAAUGUGUGUUCUGUAUUCGGUGUAGUUUACUUAUGAACGGCUUGUUUCUCUUCUCUUUUCGGACUGUAGAAUUUCUGUUGCCAUGCAACUCUUGUAAGAGAUGUCCAGUGGUUUUUCCAUCGGUGGCCGUCCCAGCUUUACCUGUACUGUGCAAGAGUGUUGGAUCCUGCAGUGUCAACGCGUAGAUUUGAUUAAA